ACGUGGCGAGGCAAGUCAUCGACGAUCGCUCUAUGCUAAUUUCCUGUUUCUGAUCAACUAAGGUAGUAAAACUGUCUUCUCUAAGGGAUAUAGAGUACCAAAAAGUCUCCACCAUGAGUUCGGGCGAGUUUGGCAACCCGUUGCGGAAAUUCAAGCUAGUUUUUCUAGGAGAACAGAGUGUAGGGAAGACGUCCUUAAUUACCAGGUUUAUGUACGAUAGCUUUGACAACACAUAUCAGGCAACCAUAGGCAUAGAUUUCCUGUCAAAGACAAUGUAUCUGGAGGAUAGAACGAUACGACUCCAAUUGUGGGACACAGCUGGACAGGAGCGCUUCAGGAGUCUUAUCCCCAGCUACAUCCGGGACUCUUCUGUGGCUGUAGUUGUCUAUGACAUCACAAAUGCCAAUUCCUUUCAGCAGACAUCAAAAUGGAUAGAUGAUGUGAGAACAGAGCGAGGCAGUGAUGUCAUUAUAAUGUUAGUAGGCAACAAAACAGAUCUUUCUGAUAAAAGACAAGUCACAACAGAAGAGGGAGAGAGGAAAGCUAAAGAACUCAAUGUGAUGUUUAUAGAAACUAGCGCAAAAGCCGGUUAUAAUGUUAAACAAUUGUUCCGGAGAGUAGCGGCGGCAUUACCAGGCAUGGAAUCUCCAGAACCCAAACAGGGUCAGACUACCGGAAUCGAGCUCCAGCCGAAGGUACCCUUAUCAGAACCAUCUGACCCAGAAGGGGGGUGCUCCUGCUGAACGCGGUUAUCUCCCCAUUGUUCUCAAAGACAGGAUGCACUUUUUUCAUGUGGAACAAAAUGCAAGCAGUUCGCGUUCUUGGUGGUACUGCAGAGCUUUAUAUGCUAUGCCUGCAGUGCAUGCCUGAUGUGGUGCUCUAAGGAGUACCCAGCCUUCCUGUGAAAACACCGCCUUGAGACUCUCCAUAUAUCAGUAGUCCUCCCCGUCGUCCAGAAAUCGUAGGCUCAUUGGAACAUUCUGUUUUAGGCUUGACUGUACACUGCUCGGAUGCCAUGUUGACACAUAUGCAUUUAAAGACAAUGCCCUUUGUUCACUGAAAAUUACCUGUUCUGCAGUCAACUUGAACACAAAUAUUCACUAGCGGUUAGAACUGUUUACUCCGGCGUAAAGGUUAGGUAAUACAGUGUGUUGAGAUUACGCAUGAUGUAAAACAUAUUUAGAAUUAUGUACAUGACAAGCAAACUGAAAAUCAUGUUCUUUUUUUUUUGUUUUGUUUUUUUUUUUCAAAUUAAAAACGCUGGUCUGAUAUGUUCAAUAGAACCCUUUAUGACGCCGAUGAGCAGACAUGGCAGUGGUUAGCUGUUCAUAGUACUCACGUCAUUGGUCACUUUUGUACCGCAAUUGCCGUAGGGUUCAUACUGUGAAAUAGUGUUCCUGUAUACGUGAAGUGAAAUUGUCGAUUAUGUCUAGGUCGCUCUUAGGGUUUUCAGAAGUGUAUUUCAAAUAACUGAACGUAUUCAUUACACUCCUGAUGUAUCCCCUCGUGUGGUAUGUCUGCGCCUCCUCGGCGCAGAGAAGUCAUUCAAACUCAGAACGAAGAUUUUUUGUUUACAAAGCGUUUAUCAUUGUGAACAAGCUUACACUGACAAUAUUUGACAAUUAUUAUAUGAAUCUAUCCUUGCUCUUACAGGUAAAAAUGUACCAUAUUUUCUGGCGUGUGCUGUUGAAGUCUCUCGACGUAAAUGUUUCACUUCUCUAAGACAAGGGCGUAAAAAAGGAGAAAGCGAUUACUCGGCGUGUACGACCCCACCGUUAGUUAUUCUCGUUGCUUUCUCCCUUCACCUGGUUUCCUCCAUUCACAAACCCGAACACCGUUAGUGAAAUAUUCUUAAAAGCAGUGAAACCUCUUCAGAAUAAAAUAACUUUAAUUUGUCUAUGAAUCCUGCUUGUAGAUUUUUCUGCUGGUGGUCAAACAAUGUGCUCAGAAUUUUUACCAAAACCACGCGGGCAAAUGCGUUGUAUGUUAUAUCAUAUUUGAAAAGCUUUUAAGGGGCGUUUAUACAACUGAGAAACAGUGUGUUAAUUCUGCCUGCCUCUAUAGUUUAUUGAUAUUCAUAUUUUGACCAUCCCGGUGAAGUAUGGCAUAGCUCUGCGGAAACGAAGUUUUGUUAAAUUAUUGGAUCUGAUGAAAAUUUACCAUGGACCAUAAUUAUUGUAUGUUCGUUGGUGCAACAAACUGCACUGUAUUAAUAUGAGUACGACGUAAAACAUCAAAGUGAAUUCCUUACUGGAAGACGAGCAACUUCAGAGCGUCUUUAAUUCUCCUCUAGCCCCUCAGCAAGGGGGUUUUCUUAGCCUGUGAACCUGACCCUUUAGUUACAGAGUAUGUCAGCUAUCACGCUGAUAAAUAUUCAGUACAGUGUCUAAUAUUGUAGACCCUAUGGAUAGAAACUUCCCAAUAGUUUGUCUGGUGUAGCUAGCUAUACGUCCUCCUUCCGUGCGCCAUAUUCCUUUCCAUUCUAGACGUGGUGGUCAUGACAUCCAGCUGUACAUGUGUAGAUGCAUGAUUGGCGCUUUCAUUGUCUCCAUGCUGUCUCCUGAGCUACGGCGUAAAACACCAAUCAUUUAAACAAAAACACCUUUUGAGCCAUAAUUAACAAUAACAUGAGGGAAGUAGGAACAUUUCAGUGUGUGCCAUUAAGUUGUUCUGUAUUUCUAGUCAUGUGAAUUGUUAGACUUUUGGAAGUGUUCAUAGCACUCCAUAGUUCCAUUCAGUCCAAAUUUACCUUGUCGUGAAAAGUACCCAUUAUAUGGACUUUCGGUGAUGAUUACUCUGCUUACUCGCUUUCAGGGUUUCCCAUAAUUUCAGAAAACAUUGUCUACUCCGAAUAUGACGCUCUGCAUUGUGUUAUUCGUAUGUAUUCGUCUUGAUCAUCUUUUGCAUUGGCAGUAUCUCGCAAAAUAUUGCAUUUCUGUCAAGUGGUAUUAUUUGGAGUUAUCUGAAGUAACGCUGAAACCAUUUCGUGAUAUGCAUUUAAAUAAUGUGAAAUCCUUUUCAUACGUUUUCUUGGCCGUAUAACAUGCUGUGAUACCAAGCAUUUGUAUCUCACAGUCACUGUGUAUCAGGUUUUUUUCGCACACAGGAUCAUAACGUUCUGUACAUCGUGUCGUUACUAUGAAGCUUAUCCCACACUAUACUGUGUACUGAGUGCAUCUUGCAUACUACUGUAUCAUAUACUUUGUCAUCAGUUUAUCUCGCAUUACCGUGAAUCACGCGGUGUAAUGAGUUCGUCUUGUACACUACAUAUACUGUGUAUUCUGCUUAUUUCACAUUCUACAUUGUAUUAAACAUCUAGUGUAUAUUAUUUACGUACGUAUGUUUGUAUUUAGUAAGCGUCUCGUUUCAGAUCUACUCUGUAUAUAUUGUAUAUUUUGCAUGCACUUCCUUCAGUGUCUGUAUAAUAUGUGUCUUACAGCUGCUAUGAUGUGCAUUGGAAACAAAAACUGAAAUGUUGUAAUAAAGCGAAAUGUAUAAAC